AUGAGGGGCCUAGUUCCAAGAAUGGCCGCCAUCAGUACUGCUAACGCGCCUUAUCGCGCCAGUCCGGACCCAGAGGGAGACUCACAAUCGUCGUCGAGCAAUUCUCCGGCUCGUCAGGACUAUGAAGAGUCCGACUUCUACACUGGCAACAACGAUUCCCAGUCAUCAAUCGGUGUGCCCACCUUCCAGGAUAUGGCCGUUUCGAGAGAAGUCUGCGAACCCCCCGCGAAUAGAUUACCACCCGAAGUCCUUAUUAGCAUACUCUCCAAACUCAGCGCCCCAUUAGAUCUGCUGAACUGUAUGUCCGUUUCCAAAGCCUGGGCACGAAAUAGCGUUGAUCUACUCUGGCACCGCCCAGCAUGUACGAACUGGAACAAGCACGGCUUUAUUUGCAGAACCCUUUCUAGCCCGAACCCUUACUUCGCCUACCGAGACUUCAUAAAGCGGCUUAAUCUGGCGACUCUGGCAGACACUGUCAAUGAUGGCAGCGUUAUCCCUCUUUCUGUUUGUACAAGGAUUGAGCGUCUGACUUUGACAAGCUGCAAAGGCAUUACGGACUCUGGGCUUAUUGGCCUCCUGACAGACAGCAGUCAUUUGCUUGCUUUAGAUAUAUCUGGGGAUAAACAAAUCACAGCCGCUUCGAUGAUUGUUCUAGCAGAAAAUUGCCCGCGGCUGCAAGGUCUCAACAUUUCGAGCUGUGAAAAUAUCUCGAACGAGGCUAUGAUAGCUGUUGCUGAGAACUGCAGGUACAUCAAGAGGCUCAAACUCAACAAUUGCAAACAGCUUGAUGACUCCUCAAUCCUCGCCUUUGCCAAAAACUGCCGCAACAUACUCGAGAUCGACUUACAUCAGUGCCAAAUGAUCAGGGAUCAGCCGGUGACUGAAUUGCUCGUCAACGGCUUGACAUUACGGGAGCUUCGUCUUGCAAAUUGCGAUUUGAUUACUGAUGCUGCCUUCCUCAAUCUCCCCCUUCAUCAGACAUACGAACACCUGCGGAUAUUGGACCUCACGAGCUGUUCGCGCCUUACGGACAGGGCUAUCGAGAUGAUCAUUGAUGUUGCCCCCCGGUUGAGAAAUUUGGUUUUUGCAAAGUGCAAAAACCUUACAGACGUUGCUGUUAAUGCUAUCAGCAAGCUUGGCAAGAACCUUCAUUAUCUUCACCUUGGACACUGUGGCCAAAUCACCGAUGAUGCUGUCAUCAAGCUGGUUGCGUCCUGCAAUAGGAUCCGGUAUAUCGAUUUGGGAUGCUGUACCCAUCUCACUGAUCGCUCUGUCACCAAACUGGCAUCUCUGCCAAAACUUCGCCGUAUUGGACUUGUCAAAUGCUCUCAAAUCACCGAUGCUAGUGUGUAUGCUUUAGCACAGAGCCGUGCGCGAGCCCAUGACCAGAACGUCAGACCUGGUGAUCGCUUUCCACACCACCCUGUCAGUAGUCUGGAGCGAGUACAUCUCAGUUACUGCACAAACUUGACUCUCGAUAGCAUUGUCAUACUCCUCAAUAACUGCCUGAAGCUCACACAUCUGAGUUUGACUGGUGUGGUGGCCUUCCUUCGCCCUGAUUUAGAACCCUACUGCCGCGAAGCCCCUGCAGAAUUUACCGAACACCAGCGGAACGUAUUCUGUGUAUUCUCUGGCGUUGGUGUGACCGGGUUGCGUCGCCACCUGAAUAGCAUUCCAAACGCUCUGGGAGAUAUGGAUGACGACCAAACAAUGACGGGUAUGAUGGGUGCCGCAGCUCUGAAUGCCGCAGACGAAGAAGAUGGCGAUGCAGAUGGAGACGAGGAAUUGGAAGAUGGCGACAACACCGGGCCAUUCGGAGGCAUGGCCACUUGA